GACAGCAUGGCAGGUCAAUCCUGGGUGAGGCUGCUGAGGGACGGGGCUGGGGGACAAGAGGCUUCCUCUGGCCAGGCCCACAGGGAGGAGAGGAGGUCUACCCAGGAGAAGAUCUGGCCUGGCGAGGGACACAGGUUUUCUCACAAGGGCUGGAGGUGCUGAAAUGAGCUGCGUGGAGUUUUUUCAGCUCUGCUCUGAGUGCACAGCUCACAGCACUGCUGUGGGUGCUGGCACGUGGUUUAUGAAGUCAGGCACUUGUUGGCAUCGUCAGCAGAAGGCCAAAGGCUCAGUUUGCUUUCCUGGGGUGAGGAGGCAUCGGGCAGCAAGAAUGGCAGUUCCUGGAGCAACCGAGACCACUGGUUAUGAGCAGACACGGAGCACCGAGGGCUGCACGCUUGGGAGCUGCUAAGUAAUACAGAACUUGCUUUUCCUGGGAUAAUCCAUAGAGAGGGAUGUUGGGCAAUGGAAAUGCAAACAGAAGUCAGGAUCGUGUGAUUGUGUUGGACCAGGGGAAGGAAAAGCAUCCACAUGGCUCUGCCAGCCCUCCUUGUUUGGGGCAGAAUGAACAGGCUUGCAGGGCUUGCAGGCCUUCCAGAUGGGCCCUGGCCCUCUCUGUUUCCUCUGAAGGAAGAUGAGCAGAGCAGAGAAGGAGUUUCACAGGUCUGGAGAGCACAUGGAGAGUGGGAGGGUCACUGUUUCAGCUGAAAGGCAACAACACCGGAUGUCUGGCAGCACAGGGACAGCGACCUGGACCCUCCUCCUCCUCCUCCUGGCUCCAGGCUGGGUAGAGCCUCAGGCCUGCACAUACCCAUGCCAGUGUCCCUCCCAGGCCCUGCAGUGCCCUGCUGGCACCAGCCAUGUGUUGGAUGCCUGUGGUUGCUGCAAGGUGUGUGCCAGGCAGCUCGGUGAGCUCUGCUCCCCGCAGAAACCCUGCGACCAUCACAAGGGGCUCUACUGCGACUUCUCCAAGAUCCACAGAGGCAGCGGGAUCUGCUUAGCUCACGAGGGUGCAACUUGUGACCUGCUGGGCAAGAUCUACCACAAUGGGGAGAGCUUCCAGCCCACGUGCAAGCUGCAGUGCAUCUGCAUGGACGGGGCCAUCGGCUGCAUCCCGCUGUGCUCCGACGACCUGCGGCUGCCGUCCCCCGAGUGCCCCCAGCCCCGGCGCGUCAGGCGCCGCAACAAGUGCUGCGAGGAGUGGGUGUGCGAGGAGGGCAGCGAGGACACCCGCUUCCCAACAGCCAUGGCGGUUUUCAGGGAGGAUGUGGAGCAGAGGCCGGAGCUGAAUGACCUGCAGGAGAACUGCCUGGUGCAGACCACGGAGUGGAGCGUGUGCUCCAAGAGCUGUGGGAUGGGCAUCUCUGCCCGGGUCACCAACGACAACCCCCAGUGUCGCCUGGAGAAGGAGACCCGGCUCUGCAUGGUCCGGCCCUGCCACUUCCCACAGGAGAAGAUCAAGAAAGGGAAGAAGUGCGUGCGGAUGCCAAAGCCCCGCCAGAGCCUGCGGUUUGAGCUCUCGGGCUGCACCAGCACCCGCUCGUACCGGCCCAAGUUCUGUGGCAGCUGCACUGACGGCCGCUGCUGCACACCCUUCCUCAGCAGCACCGUGGAGGUGGAGUUCCGCUGCCCCGAGGGCGACUUCUUCCAGAGGAAGAUGAUGUUCAUCAAGAUGUGCUCCUGCCACCACGACUGCCCUCGAGACAACGACAUCUUCCUGGCCACGUAUCACAGGAGGAUGAUUGGAGACCAUGUCAAGACAGAGAGGCAGUAGCCCUGUCGUGCCAGAUCCACAGGCUGAGGGGUCGGGUGGGCUCUGCAGCACUCGUGUGGCUGUGUCUCGGGGCGAUGCAGCCCCUUCCCCCUCUGUGAGGGGCUGUGCUCUCCACAGCAGCACCUUUGGGCGCCAGUUCUGAACCAGCUGAGGUCUGAGGGGAGCAGCCCCACCUGCUCCUGGCUCCUGACCCUCACCUGCUGGGCUGCAAAGCUCAGCAACAGAACCAGAAACAGGCUUGAGCUGCAAACUUUAUCCAUGUUCCCACUGACCAGAGGUGAGAGUGGAUCAAAGCCAUGUGGCUCCAGCCUGUCUCCAGUGGCUCCAAUUGCCCGUGGCCACUGACCUGCUAAAAAUCUUGUGGUGAGCCCAAGGGGAGCCUGGAGCUGAGUCUGUGUGCUGCUGAGGCUCUGCUGCCUGUACGUGCUUCUUGGUGAAGAAUGUGAUCCUGGCUCUGUGCUGGGCUCUGGCUGAGCUUUCUAAUGAUUUUUUGCUAAUUAGAACCACCAAAGUUGGCAAAAGCUUUGCCCCAUCCUUGUGCCCAUCUUCCACCCUCAGAUCAUCUGGAUCAUGUGCUGGGGGACUGAGCACGGUUUGGUGUGUGGUGUCCCUGGCAGGCACAGAGCAUGGCUCAGGGCCUCCUGCAGAAGGUCUGGGCCUGGGAAGGAGGUUCUUGACAGAGGUCAGGAUGUGGCCAGGCUGCAGCUGUGGUGUUCCCUGAGGCCUGGUUUGGACCCAGGAGCUGUCCCUGCCUGUGCUGGGGCUGAGCUGGGCUGCUGCUCUGCAGCACAUCUCUUGGGCUGCUCAAGGCAGUUUUUAGUGCUGGGAGGAGCAUUUAAUCUUGUCCCUUCUGAUAAUCUCUUCAGAAGCAGCUCUGGGGUGGGAGAGGGGUCAGUCUCCACCAGCUCACACCUGCCCAGUGGGGCUGCACCUGCAUUUUGGUCAUAGAAUCACAGAAUCAUAUUGAUUAGAAAAGCCCUGGAAGCUGCUGCAGUCCCAGCCCUGCCCUCACCCUGCCCAGCCCAGCACUGACCCACAGCCCUCAGCACCUCAGCUCCAGGGCUUUGGGAUCCCUCCAGGGCUGGGCACUCCCCCAGCUCCCUGGGCAUCCUGGCACAGGGGCUGACACCCCUCUCAGGGAAACAGUUCUGCCUCAGCUCCAAUCUCAACCUUCCCUGGGGCAACUUGAGGCUGUUUCCUCUUGUUCUGUCACUUGUGACUCAGGAGUCUGACCCCCAGCUCCCUGCAGCCUCCUGUCAGGGAGUGUCAGAGAGUGCUCCUGUCUCCCCUCAGCCUCCUCUUCUCCAAGCUCAACACCCCCAUUCCCUCACCCCUCCCCAGCCCCCUUGUGCCCCUUUGCAGGUGGGGUCUUUGCUGGUGGCUGGGCAGUGGGAGGAUGGCAGCUGCUCUCAGAUCUGCUGCUCUGCACUCGGGGUGCUCCGUAAGAUCCCAGCGCUGCCUGGGCUGCACCUCAGCACUCUGACAAAUCUCCCAACGCCCCAGUGAAGGGCCUGAUCCUUCUCCUUACAUCUGCCCUGCCCUUUGCCAUGAAAAAUCAGGAUCAGUCCCUGUCCCAGCAGGGCCCUGCCGUGGCACUGAGGCUUUGCCCCCUCAGCUCACAGCCCGGGGCGGAUGAGAGCUGCAGCCGCAGCUGGAACGGCAACUCCCGGCCCCUGUCCCCUCCUGCAGAAGCUCCUGAGCCUCCAGCCUCCUGUAAACAAUCUGAACUGUAAAUAAUUCGUCUGACAUUGUUGCUGUUUUGGUUGCUUUUGAAGGCCUUUGUACAGUUCUUGUGUCCUUUUAGAGGGACCUUCUGGGGGCCUGCUCUCCCCUUGCCCUCCAGGCCUGCCCUCAACUUUUCUCCAGCCGCUCACACGGCUCCCGAGUGUAAAACUGCUCCAAGGUUGCACUUUAC